GUCGCAGACCAUUUUGGCCAGGGAGUCUCAUGACGUAGGACCCCAGACCAGGCCCCUGCCGAGUUGGGGGACGUGAUGUGGGCAGUGGCGCGCGUCUUUGCGAAUCCCCGGGUGGCACAAUUAGCGUCAAGGCGUUUUGCGACCAAAGAACAGGUCGCUGUUACAGAUGUCAGGAAGGGCAUGAUCCUAAGAUAUGAUGAGAGAUACUGCCAAGUGAAGGAAUGGUAUGCCCACAAGCAAGGCCGUGGGGCGGCCGCAUACCACGUGACCUACGAUGAGUUGGACACUGGGAAGCAGCGCGUGCAGAAGUUUGGCUCUGGAGUGAAACUGGUGAAGGUGGAACCCGACAAGCAGGAAUGUCAGGUGAUGUACGUGAAGGGUAGUGGAGCCGAAGAAAAGAUUGUGGUCUUGGCAGAUGACGAGUACAACGAGAUUGAGAUUCCCCUGGCACGCUUUAUCGGCUAUUCCACCGUGAAUGAGGGAGCCACCGCCGUCCUGUACAAAGAUGAUGAGGAGAUUGUGAAGAUUGUGGUGAAGUGAGGCUUGAAACAAAAUCACCCCAUGGCAAAGUUCAAACCUUGGUUUAUUU